GGUUGACCCUCUGUGCUUGGGAAUCACUUCCAAUCCCUUCAGAUACUUGCUUGUUUCUCAGCGAGUACCAGCUCACCUCUGAAUCCUUUAACAACAUGGCACCAAAGAAGAUUGAACCUAAGAAACCUGAGCCCAAAAAACCAGAGCCUAAGAAAGACGCACCUCCAGCUGCUAAGCCAGCUCCACCUCCAGAGCCACUGCCUGCGCCACCCAAGGAGCCUGAUUUUGAUCCCAAAAGCAUCACUCUUGAGUACAGCGCUGACCAGAUUGAGGAGUUCAAGGAAGCCUUCACCUUGUUCGACCGCACACCGACUGGAGAAAUGAAGAUUACAUACGCUCAGUGCGGAGACGUGAUGCGAGCUCUCGGCCAGAAUCCGACCAAUGCAGAUGUGCUGAAAGUGCUUGGAAAACCACGACCAGAAGACAUGAGCACUAAAAUGGUGGACUUUGAGACCUUCUUGCCAAUGUUGCAACAUAUCUCCCGUGCAAAAGACCAAGGCAACUUUGAGGAUUUUGUGGAGGGGCUCAGGGUUUUUGACAAGGAAGGCAAUGGCACCAUCAUGGGAGCAGAGCUGCGUCAUGUGCUGGCAACACUGGGAGAGAGGAUGACAGAAGACGAGGUGGACAGACUGAUGGCUGGACAGGAGGAUGCCAACGGGUGUAUCAACUAUGCCUCCUUUGUAAAGCAUAUUCUCUCUGGGUGAAAGGGACAUUUAACCAUAAGGACUUAAUAUUAGCUCUGUUUUCUCCACAUUCUGGAUCCUUACUUAACAUUUGUCCAUUUAGAGGUGAGCAUGUCACAUAGUUAGUGUCACUAUGUUAUCAAAAGCAGCAGUUAAUGAAGUUCAAUGAAAAUAUGUCGGCCCCAAGACCUAUGAUUAGUUCUUUUUAAUAAACACUCUGAAAUAUAAUGAAAUGCCAGUGAGAUAAGGAUAUGGACAUCCAUAAAGAAAACUCCAUUAAUAAAGGAAAUAUGAUUACAAA